AUGGUGACGGCAAUCGCCCAACAGGCAGCCGAGGCGAAGCCCGCCCUGGCGACCAUCGCCGUCGUCGUCGUCAGUGCACUCCUGGGUGUCUGGCUCGUGCGCUUCAACCGGGAACGGCCGCAUCCCGUCUCGUUGCCUAGACCAGAGCAGGCAACAGCGGGGUGGAAGCCCGAGAGGAUCCUUGAGCCGCCCGGUAUCCGCGAUGCCAAGCGGCCCAGUCUCAUCAUCGCAUACGAUCCGGCCACGGGCGGAUAUCUGGACGAGCUGCCCGCCGAUACCCCCGAGACAAUCGAAGAAAAGCUUAAAAGGGCCGAGAUAGCCCAGGCAGCGUGGAAGAGGUCGUCGUGGUCCAGGCGGCGCAUUGUACUCAAGACGAUCAAGAAGUGGCUCGUUGACGACGUCGAGACCAUCUGCAGGGUUGCAUGUAGGGACACUGGCAAGACGGCCGUUGACGCCGUCCUCGGAGAGCUCCUGACCACCUUCUCCAAGCUCGACUGGCUCAUUGGCAAUCUUGAACCCGUGCUCAGGCCUCAAACGCGGCCGAACAACCUCAUGAUGGUCCACAAGCGCUGCACGGUCCACCACGAGCCUGUCGGCGUCGUCUCAGCCCUCGUCUCGUGGAACUACCCUUGCCACAAUGCGCUGAGCCCGGCUCUGGCAGCCUUGGCCUCGGGUAACGCCAUCGUCGUCAAGGGAUCCGAGAUGGUCGUCUGGUCCACCACCUACUUUAUCCAGGGCGUCCGGGCUUGCCUGGCGGCAUGCGGCGAACCAGAGGACCUUGUCCAGCUCGUCUGCUCCUUUCCCGACGUCGCUCCCGCGCUCACGGCCAACCCGCGCGUCAAGCACCUCACCUUCAUCGGCAGUGAGCCGGUGGCCCGACAUGUCGCAAAGGACGCAGCCACGGCACUGACGCCUUGUUGCCUCGAAUUGGGCGGUAAGGACCCCAUGGUCAUCCUCGCCGAUGCAGACGUCAACUACUUUCUUCAGACUUGGCUCCGAGCUGCAUUCCAUGCCGCUGGUCAGAAUUGCAUUGGAGCAGAACGCUUCAUUGUCGCCUCGUCUAUCCUCCCUCGCCUGAUCGGCCUGCUGGAGCCCCGGGUUCGAGCUCUUCGCUGUGGAAGCUUUCUCGACGACACGUCCUUGGCCGCUGAUGCCAAGAAUCCGACGACCGUUGAUGUCGGCGCUAUGAUCAGCGACAAUCGAUUCGAUCGGCUGGAGGAGCUCGUCCAGGACGCCGUGAACAAGGGCGCCAGGUGCUUGGUCGGUGGCAAGCGAUUCCAGCAUCCUCUCCACCCGCAGGGUCACUACUUCGCACCGACGCUCCUCGUAGAUGUCACCCCUGACAUGACGAUUGCGCAUGAAGAGCUCUUCGCUCCCGUCUUUCUCGUCAUGUCCUUUGAGACGACCGACGAGGCCGUGGCCAUCGCCAACUCCUCUCGCUACGGGCUUGGCUCAUCAGUCUUUGGAAACAGCCAGUCUGAAUGCCGAGCGGUGGCAGACCGGCUUGAAGCCGGCAUGGUCAACAUCAACGACUUUGCUGUGUCAUAUCUCAACCAAGGGCUGCCUUUCGGCGGAGUGAAGGCAAGUGGCUAUGGCCGCUUCGGCGGGCCCGAGGGUCUCCUCUCCCUGACGACGACAAAGGCCGUCACCGAGGACGCCCUCUUCUCCUGGAUACGCACAGGGAUCCCUCCACCCCUGCAUUACCCGCUCAACGACGCGCAAAAGUGCUGGACAUUUGUUCGAGGACUCGUCACCGUCGUCUAUGGCGACAUGUCGCAGAAGCUCACCGGCCUCCAAGCCCUCUUGAAAGCCGCUCUUUGA